ACAAACCUUACAUUCAGGCGUAGCAAUUUGCGUAGGUAGAUGCUGGAAAAGGUAAAAAUAGACGUAAAUAGCACCCAAUUGCUCGCCAGUAAAGAGCAACUUUUCCGCCAUAAACGACCGGAAACUUUGAAGAGGGACACAUCUCAUUGAACGGCUAUACACGUCGAUCGGUGGUGAACAGUGGGUUCAAAGGCGAUGAUACAUGUCCAAAAAAGUUUCCAAAUGUUUUUAAGGAAUAUAUACAUUGUGUAAUUGAGUUCAAUGAUUCACCUUUUUGACCAACUAAAAAUUUGAUCAACUCGUAAAUUGUCUAUCGCACCAAUUUCGAUCACAUUUUACCAACUUUCUGCAGCUCGAUGACGACAAUCGUCAGCUUCAGUACAUUGGAAAUACAAUCAGAUCUACUCAUGCAUAGAACUCUUCCCGAUUACCUUCGAUCAUUAUUAUUCACAAACUGCGACAAUAGUCACUACACUUUAACCUCCCACAAUGACUGUUGCGAAGAGGGAAAACCACUUGUAGAACGAUGCCGCCACCUCGAUAGAUACCGCAACCGAAGGGACAAUAAAAGCUUCUGUUUGAGUUUGUCGCCUAGGUGCAAAAUGUCAACAGGGCUUUAAUUGUUCCCGGACGGUGGAAUCCUUCCGGAGAAGCUUCGAUCGUGCGAUGAUUCAGUAUUCGAUCGCGCUCCAAGUUAUCGAGAUGAACUCCGCUGUGCCGGGAAGUCCGGAGAGCGUGGUCUCUAGUAUCCCAAAGUGUCGCCAGGAUUUGAUGCGUUGGGAUGGCUGGGGCUAUAAGGACUCGCGGUUCGAGUACGAUGGGAAGAACUGCUACUUCAGCGGGAGUCGUUAUCCGAUCGGAAAAGGGGCUCGGUUGAACCGGUUUCGGGACUGGGUGAUCGAUUACUUUGACGUGGACACUAGUAAACGGUUGGCGGCAGUUGAAGAGCCGAGAGUGUUUCCGGAUCCCGUGAGAUGUGUGGAGUUCGUGGACGGGUUGAUGGAGUUGGGUGUGGAGUUCUCCGAAGAUGGAAUGGAUCGAUUGAUGCGGUGUCACGGGCAGACUUUGGAGGACGUUGGUUUGUUGAAGAAUCAAAAGUUUGAGAGGCUUCCGGAUUUGGUGGUGUGGCCGAGGUGUCAUGAACACGUGGUGAAAGUUGUGGCGUUGGCGGGAGAGUACGACGUUGCACUGAUGCCAGUAGGUGGAAAUUCAGCGGUGUCAGGAGCGACUACAACGCCGAACGUACGAGAAAGGACAGUUGCGGUGGUGGAUAUGACACAGAUGAACCGGCUGUUGUGGCUGAACAAGGAAAACCUGACGGCGUGCUUUGAAGUGGGCAUCGUAGGACAAGACCUGGAGCAAACGCUCAAGAAGCAAGGCCUGACCUUGGGCCACGAACCAGACUCUGUGGAGUUCUCUACCUUGGGUGGAUGGAUUUCCACGCGAGCCUCUGGGAUGAAGAAGAAUUCGUACGGUAAUAUCGAGGACUUGAUCAUACGGAUAAAGAUGGUGACCGGGAUUGGAGUGUUGGAGAAGCAGUUCACGGCACCUCGAGUUUCUUGUGGUCCCGACUUUGACCAUGUUAUCUUCGGCUCCGAAGGAACACUAGGGAUCAUAACCGAAGCCGUGGUUAGGCUGAGGCCAGUUGCGCCUGUAAGCCGAUGUGGAUCACUAGUGUUCCCCAACUUCGAGAUCGGAGUCAGCUUUCUACGAGAAGUGGCCAGGAAAAGACUUCAGCCGGCAAGCAUUCGACUGCUGGAUAACCUUCAAUUCCAAAUUGGGCAGUACUUGCAACCGGAUGGACCGUGGCAUACUGCACUUGUCAACGGUAUCAAGAAGCAGUACCUCACGACAUUUCUCGGUUUCAAGCUGGAUCAAAUUGCUGCCGUAACGUUGGUAUUCGAAGGUGACCAAAAGCGCGUCGAGUCACACGAGAAACUUAUUUACAGCAUAGCUGGCAAAUACGGAGCCCUAAAUGCGGGAUCCAAAAACGGGGAGAAAGGCUACGUCAUGACAUUUGUAGUUGCUUACAUUAGAGACUUCGGCUGGGACUUCAACAUAAUGGCCGACUCAUUUGAAACGUCCAUAAGCUGGGAUAGGUGCCUGUCGCUGUGCCAGAACGUCCAAUCAUGCGUCACCAAAGAAUGCGAACGGCACGGCAUCCGACGGUUGAUGAUCAGCUACCGGGUGACGCAGACGUACGACGACGGUUGUUGUGUGUACUUCUACAUGGCUCUCAAGCAUCCGGACGAUCGCGUCAACUCCGUAGAGGUGUUCAAGGCGAUCGAGGAUCGAGCCAGGGAUGAGAUAUUGGCUUCCGGUGGGACUUUGUCGCAUCACCACGGUGUUGGGAAGCUGCGCAGUAAGUGGUAUUCGGCGAGUGUUUCGCAGGUAGGGGUUAGUGUACUGAAAGCGAUCAAGAGGGAGCUGGAUCCAAAAAACAUUUUCGCUGCCGGGAAUCUGGUUGCAGGGGGUGCAAUAUCGAAACUAUGAUUUUUUUAUAUGAAUAAAUAUUUGUUUUUGGUAUCUGGUUUAAA